AUGACUCGUAAUUCUACUGAAAUAUAUCCUGAAAAGGAAAGGGCUGAAAGCAUUGCUGAUUCUUCCAAGAAACAAUAUGACUCGGUGAAUAUUACUUCUGUUGAUUCAAAUUCCUCGGAUGAUUCAGAAAAAAAUCAACUUGUUAAAAACCCAUUCUUGGAUCCCAAAGUUGAAGAAUACUAUCGUCAGGUAUAUAGUGAAUCUAACUAUGAAAGUUACUCCGCUUUUGAUCCCCAUUUCACUUGGGAAGAAGAAGAAGAAAAGAAACUUGUUAGAAAGCUUAACUAUAGAGUCGCCUUAUCUGCUUGUCUUAUGUUUGUUGGGUUACAAAUAGAUAGAGGUAACUUACAACAAGCAGUUACUGAUAAUAUGUUGGAUGAUUUAGGUAUGACUACUAAUGAUUAUAACACUGGUAAUACUGUUUUCAAAGUUGCUUUCCUUCUUGCCGAAGUUCCUUCGCAAUUGAUUUCCAAAGCUCUCGGUCCAGAUAUUUUCAUUCCAUUCCAAAUUUGUGCUUGGAGUAUUGUUGCUAUGUCCCAGGCUGCUCUUUCGGGUCCUGUUUCAUUCUAUGUUACUCGUGCUAUUAUUGGUGCUUUGGAAGGUGGAUUUAUUGCUGAUUUGGUGUUGUGGUUAAGCUAUUUCUUUACCAGUAAAGAAUUACCAGUAAGGUUGUCCUGGUUCUGGACAACAUUGUCAUUUGUGGGUAUUUUUACUUCACUUUUAGCUUUUGGAUUAUUAAGAAUGAGAGGUAUUGCCGGCUGGGCCGGUUGGAGGUGGUUGUUUUUGUUAGAAGGUCUUGUUACUUUACUCAUCGGAAUUGCCUCUUUCUACAUGAUGGUACCAUCAGCUGUGCAAACUAAGAAUUGGAUGCAUCCUAAGGGUUGGUUUUCUGAUCGUGAGGUUAAAAUUGUCGUUAAUCGUAUUCUUAGAGAUGAUCCAUCUAAAGGUACCAUGCACAAUCGUCAAGGUUUAACACCAAAGAUGUUGUUCAAAUCCCUUAUUGAUUUUGAUCUUUGGCCAUUAUACGCUAUUGGGGUUAUUGCAUAUAUCGGUCAAAACACAUUUGGAGCUUAUUUCGGGUUAAUUAAUAAACAGUUGGGAUUCAAUACUUUUGAUACCAAUUUGCUCAACAUCCCAAAUCAAGUUAUUCAUAUUAUUUUGUUAUUAGCUAUAACUUGGUUUUCUGAACGGGUUAGUGAAAGAUCAUUUGUAUGUAUGCUUGCUCCAUUGUACGCUACACCAUUGAUGGGUGUUAUUAGAUGGUGGCCUGGCGCUGGGAAACAAGUAUGGCCUACAUGGACAUUGAACACGUUGUAUUUGGGACAACCUUAUAUUCAUGCAAUUUGUGUUGCUUGGGUUUCAAGAAAUUCCAACUCCGUGAGAACUAGGUCUAUCGCUUCCGCUGUCUACAAUAUGUUUGUUCAAUUGGGUGGUGUUGUCGGCUCGAAUAUUUAUAGACAAGAUGAUUUACCAUUGUAUCAUCGUGGUAAUAUGCAAUUGUUCUGGAUUACCUUUGCUUUGAUUCCUGUGUUGGGAUUGACCAAGUAUUACUACUACUGGAGAAACAAGUCCAAGUCAAGAGUAUGGAACUCCAUGAGUCCCGAAGAACAAGAGAUAUACCGUAAAACUACCAAUGAUGAAGGGGCAAGAAGAUUGGAUUUCAUCUUUGUCCAUUAAGCUUUAGUGUGUAUAUUAUUUAUAACAGAGUAUUAACACUAAUACAAAAACAGGGCAUAAUAGCAAAAUAAUUUAUGUCAUGUAUUCAUAACAGUUAUCUUCAAUUCUCUUGAUAUAUUUUUUUUCAAUCAAUUGAUCAAUGACUCGUUUAACAUCAAGAGGUUUAGCUCUGAAUCUAGAUAAUGUUUGUGGCAUAACUUCAUUGAUUAAAUCAUUAUGCUUGCAUACUUUUCUUGAUUUCAUGAUUCUGACAAUACAAGCAGAAAGGAAAUUCUUUCUUGCUUCAUCUAUUUCUUUAUUGGCUUCGUCUUCUUCUUGUUUAGGUUCGUUGGUCUUGAUAUUACUGAUGAAAUUAACCUUUAAUUUCUUGGAUUUAUAUUCUUCAACAAUAGUGAGAACGGUAUCAUCAUUGAAACCAGCAUUUGGGCCGCUGGAUGGUGGAGAUUGAUCCAUUAAUUUAUAUUUAGUAAAUGGUAAUAAAUGAGCUUCAAAAAUGUUUCUCGAUGUACCAACAAUUCCAUGUAAUUCUUUAAAUGUGUAACUAUUCUUCUUAUUGAAUGCAAUUAAAAUCAUCAAUUGAACAUUGGAUACGGUAAAUAAGAAAGGCGGUUUACCCUUUCUUGACAAGUUAGCCUUCAAUUCAGCUCUUCCGUGGUUCCAUAACCACUUCAAUUGUCUUCCACUAUGUUUACUGCCAUAGAUUUCAAUGACUUUUUCAAAUGGUGCUUGUAAUUCACUAGGAACAUUCAAAUUAUAAUCAUCAAGAUACUUGAAUGGCCACAUACUUUGAGCUAAAAUUAAUGGGUUGAAUUCCUUAACCAAGUUUUCACCAACAUGAUUUCUAACAUCUGCCUUCAAGUCUUCUGAUGCUUUCAUAUCAGAAAACAUCUUAGUCAUUUUCGAGGUGUACUCAAUGGAGUUUUCCUCUUGUAAACGAUGGAUUAUACUUUCUUCCAAUUCGUCAGAUUUACAAGUACCGUUGAUCAACCGCUUGGCUAACAGACGACGGUAGUGUUCUUCAAAUGCAUCUUUAUCGUUGAUAAACUUGAAAACAAUCAUUAAAUUGUCAGCAUUCAUGUCAAGAAUGUCUGCUUCUUUACUAGUGCUUUUCAAGAAUCCAUCAGCAUAUUUGGCCAAUAAUUCUGGUGUUUUACAAUUAGAUCUAGUAGUUGGAGUAGCGAUUGGAUUCUUGUUAACAAAGUGUCGACAAGCAUUAUCCAAAGAUCUAAUAAAUCGAGUAUCUUUGCUAAACGCCUUGAUCACAACAUCAUUGAAUUGGUUGUAGAUGGCAAUCAAAGUAUUGAUGUAGGUUUUAUAAUCAAUAGCCACCCCGCUACCGGCGGAUCUUCUUGAUCUAGUAGGUGCACCAUUGACACCAGGAGUACCCUCUGUAGAAGCAGCAGUAGCAGCUUGAGAUUCGGCUUGUACUUUAAUUUCUUCCAAAGUUUUACCAGCUUCUCUCUUGAUAUAUUCUUCCAAUGUAUCAGCUAGAUGUACUAAAGUGUCUGGCACUUUAUACAACAACUUAUACAUUCUUUGAAUAUGUUCAAUUUGAUUCUGUUCCAACAAUAUCAAGAAUUGAUCAUACAUUUCCUGGGCAUGAUUCUUAAUCAAUGCAUUGUUUAAAGUAUCCAAUAAGGGAUUCUUGGUGUGUUCUUCCAAGUAAUUGUUUGAUCUUGAAAUUUCUUGAGAUAAUCUUGCUUCGCAUUUCUUCAUAUAAUCUACCACGUUAUGUUCUGCCAAAAAUUUACUUGACUCACGGGAAUAAUACUCCUCAGUGGCUUUCAAAAAUGGCUUUUCAAAUGAGUUGACAUAGAUGACCAAAUUUGGUUUCUUCAAAUCGUUAGCAUCAAUACUUAAAAACACUAAUGAUUUGAUGGCGGUGGAAAUCAAACUUGUGUCAACAAUCAUAUUAUUUCUUUGCUUUUCAAUCAAAUCUAAAAUUUCCUUAAUUAAAACAUCGGAAUUUGGUUGAAACAUUUCAUUUCUCCAUUUAAUUAAACUCAAAGUAUUGACAUCAUAUAUAUCUCUUCUACCAUCGGAUCUUUCCUUUUGAACCCAGUAUCUAUUCAUAUAGUCAAACACGUUAUUCAUAUAGACAGCACCAAUGGUGAAUCGAGUCCACUUACGUACAUAAAAUUCCAAUAAAGAUUCAUGAGGUUCCUUCUUUAAUCCUUUAAUGAAUUGAGUCAAGUAAGUUUCCAAUUUACUAUAAAUUUCUGCCCCAGCCAAGGAAUAACUAUUAUUGUCAGCAUUAGGAGCAUAACUGGAUGCAAGUGAAGAGCCUGCAUCACUCUUUCUUGAUUUGUUAACACAGUAGUUAUAGACUGCAGUGUAACAAUGCAUGUACAUCUUGGAGGUGACGCCUUGGUCUCCUUGAGCACCAAGAAUAAACUCUAAUCCUGGUUGAAUAAAAUUCCAAGUAGAAUUCAAAUCAGAGUAAGCAGGAAGACUCAUGGUGGGAAGGGGAAGUUCUUGUGUAUGUAAUGGCUUAGUGGUUAGUAAGAUGGAUUGAUUGGAGGUAUUGCUUACUUUGUAUUUUGAGUUGCUGCCACUUUGCUAUUGUACUAUGUUUGAAU